AAAAAAAAACUAUGCCAUAGACAAUUUAAUUUACACAACCGUACAAAGUUGUUGCACGUAAUCUUUAUUUACAAUAACUCUAAAACAUAUUUUUGCGUUAAUUUGUGUAAUAUUUAGAGAAUAAUGUAAAUUUUCUCCACCGAGUCUGGGACAGUUACACGCUCGCUAUGUAAGCAACCAGUGAAAGGUGUUAUAAUGUGGGGGUAAUUUGAGUAAUCCGGGCAAAGUCUGUGAUAACAAUGGUUCCUGCGCCGAGUUGCCCGUACACCUGGGACUACUGGUCCUCGUCCCCGACCGAGGGCAUCGAGCUGGCCUGUCUGAUGCCCAACUCCGUCUACAUUCCUCUCAGGGCCAGUUGGGACUCUACAUUGCAAGAUGUCAAGGAGGAAUUAUGGGACAAAGCAGCAAAAUAUCCCCUCUUCGGGAUGCUGCACGAGAUGUCUGGAUAUGUGUUCCAGUUCAUUAACUCACUCGCUGCUCCAGAGGAGGUGGAUGAUGAGAGCAAGCGUCUCCGGGAUGUCAAGCCCGUGUGUGGGGUGCUCAAGAUCAUUGAGAGACCCAAUGAGAAGCCAGGAGAGCAUUUGCUCAACACACACAUCAGUCACUUGAUUGGGAAAGGUUUAAACGAAUUCGACAGCCUCCGCAGUUCGGAAGUGAACGACUUCCGGACUCGGAUGCGUAUCCUGGCCGAGGAGAGCUCGCUCAAGCGCGCCAACAGCUCACGACUGGAGAAGCUGCGACACCGGUACCCGCCGCGGCUGGCGGACCUGCCCGUGGUGCCCACGAUGCUGCACAGCCGGCUGAAUAACCACUGCUUUAUACUGGUCACGAAGGUGGAGAAUACUGAGAUAUCGUUCACCUUCAACGUGCCGGUGACGCGCACGCCGCAGCAACACAUCGAGUACAUCAUCAACAAGAAGGCCAACUCGCUCAACAUACGCGGCGACCAUCCGCGCCAUUACGUGCUCAAGGUGUGCGGCCAAGAGGAGUACCUCCUAGGUGACCACCCUCUGAUCCAGUUCCUGUACAUACAAGAGAAGCUCGCGUCCAACGGCGUGCCUGAAGUGGUGUCUGUCAGCAUAGACAAGAUACCGUGCUUUCAAGAGCGUGACUUAUUCUACACAGCACCGGAGCGGCGGCGACUGACCUCCGACCACUCCAACACAAUCAGGAAGAAGAAAGCGCCACACGAGUCCUCGUGGAACAUAGACCGCGACUACAGCGCCAGUAUUGUCAGCAUCGGAGGGCUCAAUGUUGAUACUGGCCGGCUGGUCGAGGUGGUAGUCCAAGCGGGCAUAUUCCACGGCGGCAAGGCCCUCUGCGAGCCCCAGAAGACCCGAGUCGCCACGGUAUCAAGCGACGGGGAGGCCCGUUUCGACCAGGAGCUGAGGUUCCCCAUCAAAGUGCACAACAUACCGCGCAUGGCGAGACUUUGCUUCGUGAUCUAUGAGAUAAGCAAGACGGCUAAAGGGAAGAGCCGGAGGGUGAAGGAUUCUAAUAAGGAACUCUACAUAAACAAGCUAGCGUGGGCCAACACGAUGAUCUUCGACUACAAAGAACAGCUCCGCACCGACGGGGUCACCCUGUACAUGUGGACCUACUGCGCAGAGGACACUCAGAGCGACGACCUACUGAACCCACUCGGCACCGUCGUAUGCAACCCUAGCACCGACUCGUGCGCGGCGCUCACCUUCAAGUUCUCCAAUUACGACAUAGAACACCCGAUCCUGUUCCCAACACUGGAUCAAGUUAAAGAAUACGCGGAUCACAUCGAGAGCACCUCCCCUGAUGUUAUAGAGAGGCUGAGCAAGGAUUUUGAGCAGUUGCGACUGACGGCAGAGAAGGACCCCAUGUAUGAGAUGCACGAACAAGACAGAAAGGACAUUUGGGCUUCCAGAGAAUACUUCCGCCACGGCGCCCCGGAGCUCCUCCCGAAGCUGCUGAUGUGCGUGGAGUGGGGAGAGCGGGGCGAGGCGGCCAGCGUCGCGCGCAUGCUCGACACGUGGCCCACGCUGCAGGUGGAAAGUGCGCUAGAACUGUUGGACUAUGCUUACGCAGACGCAGGCGUGCGCUCCUUCGCCGUCAAGUGUCUUGCUAAUAUCAGUGACGAAGACCUCCUCCUCUACCUGCUACAGCUGGUGCAGGCUCUGAAGCACGAGGCGUACCUCAUGUGUUCUUUGUGCGUGUUCCUGCUGAAGCGAGCCUUCAACAACAUGAACAUCGGACACUUCCUGUUCUGGCACCUGAGAUCGGAGAUGCACGUGGCGUCAGUAUCAGUGCGGUUCGGGCUGGUACUAGAGGCGUACUGCCGCGGCUGCCAGGAGCACCUCAGCGGGCUCAUGCGGCAGAUCACCUGUCUUGAUAAACUUAAGUGGGCGAGUCAAUGCGUGCGCAAGAAGAAGGAAAUCUCCAAAGCGCGCUCGGCACUCGUGGAACAUCUGAUGGAGCCGCAUUGCGGGGAAACGCUUUCCAACUUCGCGUCGCCGCUCAACCCCAGCUUCAUAUGCAAAAGAGUCAAACCGGAGCGAUGCCGCGUAAUGGACAGCAAGAUGCGUCCUUUACUGCUCGAGUUUGAGAACAUGGACCCGACCGGGUCAGAAAUAUGCAUCAUCCUGAAAAUCGGAGACGACCUCCGACAAGACAUGUUCACGCUACAGAUGCUACGCAUCAUGGAUAGAUUGUGGAAGAGUGCCGGAUACGACUUGAAACUGAACCCAUACGGCUGCAUCUCCAUGGAGUACGAAGUGGGUCUGAUCGAGGUGGUGGCGGACUCGGAGACCAUCGCCAACAUACAGAAGGAGAAGGCGUUCUUUAACGCGACCUCGACCUUCACUAAGGGCAGCCUGUUCCAAUGGCUCCGCGAGCACAACAACACCGAAGCGAGCCUCAACAAGGCCAUCGAGGAGUUCACGAUGAGCUGCGCCGGCUACUGCGUGGCCACCUACGUGCUGGGCAUCGCCGACCGACACCCCGACAACAUCAUGCUCAACAAGAACGGACAGCUGUUCCACAUAGACUUCGGCCACAUCCUGGGCCACUUCAAGGAGAAGUUCGGGUUCAAGCGCGAGCGAGUGCCGUUCGUUCUGACGCACGACUUCAUACACGUCAUCAACAAGGGGCAGCCGGGGAGGGGGACCAAGGAACCGCUCGACUUCAAAGUGUUUAGGGAGCAUUGUGAGACGGCGUUCCUGAUCCUGCGCAAGCACGGGCACCUGUUCCUGUCGCUGUUCUCCAUGAUGAUCUCCACGGGCCUGCCCGAGCUCAGCUCAGAGAAGGACUUGCAGUAUCUACGGGAGACUCUGGUCCUCGACCUAACCGAAGAGAAGGCGGUCGAGCACUUCCGCUCCAAGUUCUACGAAGCUAUAAAGAACGCGUGGACCACGUCGCUCAACUGGGCCCUGCACAACAUAGACAAGAACAACCGACAGUGACGCCGGCGCCGCGCCGCGCCCGCCCGCGCGCUGCCGCUCACGCUGUAGGGGAUAGAGGAUAUAGGUCCUUUAGAACGUUGGC